AUGUCACAUCAAUCAGCUUACCACAGAGCAGUACUACGUGACAAGGGUACUUUUGAAGGUAAAGACUUUUUGGUUUCAACUGAUUCCAUUAGUUGGAUCAAUGUGGAUUCACUAUCAAUCACUGAACACGGACAAUUGUACUCCUCUGAUGAACAAGCAAACCACUAUUUACUAUUGCAAUCACUACAAUCAUGCCAUAUACAAAUUAUGACCAGUGUACAAUCCCCCACUGGUAAGUCACAAAUACAACAACAACACCACCACCACCACCACCAGACUUCACCACCAAGUAAACGAAGUUUAAUGUCGAAACGAAAUGGACACCAUCACCACCAACAACAACAAAAUGAAUCCUUUGAAGACGAACCACCAACUGUAUUUAUCAAGACUUUUGAUAAUGACAAGUUGUACAUUCGUGUAGCAUCAAAGGCAAACUUUGGUAACUUGAUUAGUAGUUUGAUUGUAUGGCAAAACUUGAAACCACAAGGGUUGGCCAAGAAAUGGUAUAGUGAAAACAAAGUGCUUAAUCAAGUUGAUGUUCCGCCUAAUGAAUUGUUGGUUUGUCGGUUCAAAAUUUACGGACCAUUACCAAACAAGUACAAAAAUCUACACAUUAUUCAUGGCCCACUGGCUCCAACUUAUCAACCUAAAAUUGAUGAUUUUGUUGCCAAUUCACACAAUGGUUCUGUUUUCCAACAAUCGGGCGAUAACAAUAUCAAUGAGGGUUGGUUUUAUACCAUGGGUGCGUUAAACUCUAAUGGGAUACUAAAUAUCAUUAGUGAAUUGGAUGGAACUUUAUUGUACUCGAUUGAUAUCAAGACAUUGUUGGCUAGUGAAGUACGAGAAAUGCAUCAUUCUAUAUUCAAUAGCUCAAAUGUAUUGUUUGUCGGACAAUUGAAGGAAUUACGAUACAACAACACCAUACGAACAACAACAACAUUAACUGCUGAUCAAUUAUUAACCACUUUUCUUACGCGAGAGGGGAAAAUCAUUCCUAGUAAUCAUCGUAUUUUCAUUGAGUUUCCCUUGCAUAUCGAUUUAGAAGAUUGGUUUGUGGGAUUAAAUUAUUUUGCCAAACGAGAAUAUAUUGGAUCAUUCAAUGCUGAAUCGAAAUUGAUUACGAGAAAUCGAGAAAAUACACCUCAAUUGCGUGACUUUACUAAAGCUCAUUUCCGAGUAUCGAAAAAGCUCACCAUUGAUAUAAUUGAAGCAAAAUUUGAAAAUAUAAGUACUACUAUUCCUACUACUACUACUACAACCACCACCACCACCACUACCACCACCGCCACCAAUAAUGCUAAAAACCAUUCUGCUAAAAUAUACGCUGAAGUACGAAUGUGGGGGUACCCGUGGUCAAGAACUGCCAUUGUUAACCAGUCAAAUAAUCCAUUUUGGAAAGAAGAGUUUUCAACAGAUUUACCAAUUUCAACGCAAAUGAUUCAUAUUUUGAUAAAGAGAUGUAAUCAUGAUUCGGUUUAUUCACCACUGGAUAAAUUAAUUGGAACAAUUUAUGUAACACCCGAUAUUUUAACCAAACAGAUCAAGACUAGCUCAACAAUAAUGACCAGUGCAGGAUCAGUUAACAGUAUACAAGUCAAUUCAAUCCCAUUAACCACCACUGCCGACAAUUUCAACAGCACCAAUCUCGAUAUUAUGCGGUUAACAAUAUACGAUCCAAACAAUAUCCCCAUUGGUAAACUCUUGAUUGAAGUUAAUUUACGAGAGUAUCACAUUUUGCCACCACAGUUUUUCAAACCAAUGGAAAAAAUGUUGGUUAAUGCUCCCUGGAAGGAUUUGAUCAAGUUUUGUAAUGAAAAUGUGCCAUCGGCGGAAUUUGAAAGAAUAAGUGUUGUUUUACUUGACAUAUUCCAGAGUUUGAAAGUUGAAGAUGAAUGGUUUAAGAAUUUGAUGGAGAGUGAGUUGGUGAAUUUGGAUAUGGCUUCGAGAAGAAGUUAUCACAAGAGAAAUAGUCAAGACAAGAAGGAUACCACUACUAGCUCGACAUCGCUGAAUAAUGUAUUCAAUACCUUGUUUCGAGGAUCAUCAAUAUUUUCCAAAUCACUUGAAAAGUAUAAUUUACGUAUUGGACAAGAGUAUUUGGAAAAAGUAUUUGGUGAUUUCUUUGCCAAGAUUGAUGCUGAGGGCAAAAACUGUGAAGUUGAUCCUCGAUAUGUACGAGUUCAAGAACGAGCAUUGCGAAAAGGUCAUCGUGCAAUUGACGAUACAGCUGAUGAUUUUGAUGAUGAUAGUAGUAGUGACGGUGAAUACGAUUCCGAUUUGGAGCGAGAAAAGGAUGAACGCGUGAAACAAAUGGUUGAAGAAAAUUAUCAAAACUUGUUGGGGUAUGCUGAGGAAAUCUGGCACAAGAUUUAUAUUACUUCAAAAGAUAUGCCUGAUCAAAUCAAGACGCAAUUGAAGAAUUUCCGCAGUAAAGUUGAAUUGGUUUGUGAACCAGAUGACAAAACCACUAGUUUGAAUUGUGUUUCAGCCUUUUUAUUUCUCCGAUUUUUUUGUCCAGCAAUUUUGAAUCCGAAAUUGUUUUAUCUCGCCAAGAAUCAUCAAACUGGAAGUACUCAACGAACAUUGACUUUGAUUGCCAAAAUUUUGCUCAAUUUGGCCAAUCGACAAGAGUUUAGUGUUCAUAAAGAACCACACUUGAUCAAAUUGAAUCCAUUUUUACGCGCACACAAGGAUGAAGUUAUCACCUAUUUCAAUCGAAUCACUGGCAGAAGCAAUGAUUUCAAUGAAAAGAUUUUGGAUCUAAGUCAUGAACUCAAGAGGAUAAAUCUUGGGUUGGAUGCAAGUUCAAAUGAACUUCCCAGUACUCCAUAUUUGAUUGAUCAUUAUUUACGAUUAACUGAAUUGGCAAUUUUGAUUGCCAGUGGUGGUAAUGGUGGUGAAAACUCAACCAAUAAUCCAUUGAAACCUACCGGUAGUAUCACUGGUGAUGCAGUAUCGAGCAAUUUCUCCAACUCAGUUUCAGCUACACCACAAUCAGAAUUGAUUCACCCCAAUUUGGAUGAGUUGGAUGAAGGUGAUGAAAAUAAGGAUGUGUACAAGAUUGGUGCAUUGGAGUUUGAACGCAAUGAUUUACUUGAUUUAGCCGGUGAAGAUAAUGCUGAUGGGUUUAUCCAUUCAUUAUGUAAAGAUAAUGAACACAUUUUUUCAUUUAUUAAUGAAAAUAUCACCUUUAAGGAUAUCAAAAAUCAAUGUCGCAAGUUGGCGAAAAAGAUUGGUGAUUGGGAUAUGUACCUUGAAAACUAUGAGUUUCCCAUGAAUUAUUAUUCAUCAAAUGAUUUGUUGUGGCAAGUGUUUGGAAAUUAUAUUUUAAAGAAUACUUGGCUUGAUUCUCGUGGGUGUUUGUGUAGCUCAAGUUCAUUGGGAUUUUCACAAACACCAACUACUGGUAGUGGAGUAAGCGGAGCUAGUGGUAUCAGUGGCGCUGGUGCCACUGGUGUUGCUGGUGUUUCGAUAUAUCGUCAACGUGGUGGAUACAAGAAUUUGAUUGAUGAUCAUGCCAUGGCUAGUUUGAAGUUGAAGUUUGGUGAUGAACAAUAUUAUCGUUUAAAGUCAACAUCAUUAUCGAGUUUGAAUAGUACUGGCAAUGGUAGUAGUACUGGCAAUGGUAAUGGUGGGAUUUUCAGUGGAAGUAGUAUUGGAAGUUCCGAACGAUCAUCGGGUAGUGAUAGUUUGAAAAAGAUUAAAAGUUGGUUCAAGAGAUGA